CAAAUUUGAUUGGACACGUGAAAAAUUAAUAACUACUUAGUAAUUCAUCAACUGGACUCAAAACCUAGAAAGGUGAGUUGGCGUGAAGAUCUCGCUGGAACUGCAACAAGUAAGAGGGAAUACAGAUGAAGUCCACGGCCAUUUUACUGUUCUUGUUCGCCUUAAUCUUUGUGUCUGAUUGUUAUCGUCGUUAUCCGAUGCAAGUCGUGCAAGGCAAAACCAAUCCUGGAAUUCGUUUGCGAGUGACUAACAACGGACUGCAAUACGUUGCUAAUGUUGGAAAAGAGACAUUGCUCGGAAAACUCAGGAAUGAUGGGAUAAAAGACAUAAGCGGUUCAAGUGGAAAGCUCACAUACAAGGCAUAUAACAUUAAGAAUGAACGUGCUGAGAUCGAUUCAUUAUCUCUUUCAACUGUACCUGGGGAAGGUCUCAUUCUCCAAGCCCAAGGAGUUUACCUUGACUACAUUGGAGAAGUACAUUAUAACAAGAAACUUUGGUUUUUUGAUAUCAGCGACACUGUUGACGUUACGUUAAAAGCACACGGAAUCGGAUUCAAGCUGAAGACACGAAUUGGCGCGGAUUCAGCUGGCCGUCCCACCAUCUCCACUACUGAACAGGACUGUUCUUCAGAAGUGGAUUCGGUUGGCGUGCAUUUCAGUGGUAGUCGAAUGAGUAUGCUGUAUAAUGCCUUCAGUGGCGUAAUAGAGGACAAAGUCAAGGAUGAUCUCAAAGAAACGAAAGCCAUGGAAGCAGUAAACGGAGAUGGGGCAGACUACCUGACAACUUUUCCCGUUCUUGGUAAUGUCAGUAAAGUGGCCCAGAUUGAUUAUUCUCUUGUCGCGAAUCCCACGUUUACCUCGAAAUACAUGGAUGUACCUCUCAAGGGUGAAUUUAGGUCUCGUAAAAACCCUCAUCCUACAGGUUUGUCGUCUCCUCAAACACUCCCUUUCUUUGCUGAGACUAACAAGAUGGUUUACAUAUUGCUCAGUGAUUACGUCCUCAACACAGCCAGCCUUGUUUAUCACGAAGAAGGGAAACUACGAAGAACCAUCAGACCCGAAGACAUUCCUCGAUCUUCAAAGUUCCAAUUGAACACUCAAUCAUUCCAGACAUUUCUCUACAAGCUGUACCAGAAGUAUCCAGACCGCCCUGUCUUUGUGAAAGUCUACACUACCAAGGCACCCGUUUUCACUUCACGUCACAGCGGAACCAACGUGACAGUCACUGGUAAUGUGGAGGUUUACGUCACCACUAGGAAUGGAGCUCCCGUUUACGCUCUGACAGUGGGUUUGAAAGCUGAUCUUGCUGGAUCACUGGGUGUGAAUAGUGGCAACCUGACAUUCCAUACAAAGACAUUCACGACGAAAGUACAUCUUGUACGUUCUGCCAUUGGAGAUAUCAAGUUUAAUAUUGGAUUACUUCAGUGGUUUCUCAAUGGCGUCGUAGAAUCUGGAGAUUUUGUGAAGAAGUUAAAUGUGAUUGGAGAGAGAGGAUUUCCCUUACCAAUGUUUCGGAGGAUAUUGUGGGAGGACAUUGCCAUACGCACCGGACAGGGUUACACCCAUAUUGAGACGAACCUCAAGUACCUGCCAAAAGCUGGCGACGAGUGAGAUGAAAACAAGAAAUGACGUGGAAUUAAAUUAAGACUGAUUUCUUAAAAUAUGUCGUAAACUUCUUUUAUAUUUGUGUUACCUCUAACAACCUAAAGCGAAUGUUGCUUUUAAUUUUUCAAACUUUCCACGGCGACUGCAGCCUAGUCCAUCGUCUAAACUAUCCAUCGUCAAAGCUCUUCAAGUAGUACGUUUACCGUUUUCUCGAUCUUAGCCAGAGCCUUUCACUGUGUAAUUUCUCUUUCAGCUCACAGCCACCUCUUGGGUAAUGAGAGUAAUGGAAUGUUCCUUUCUUAAAAUUAAUCAGUUAAUAUACCUUUGUUCUAUAGGGUAGCUAGAAGACUUACGUCUUUAAACUGCUCUAAUAUAUAUAUAUCAAAUCAAUGGUUGUUGGUGUCCAAUUUUCCAACAAAAUCAGUAGCAAUGGUUGAUGUUGAUGUUAGAAAUUCAGCAAUAGACUUAAUCUUUUUGGUAACAUUUUUCUUUUCAAGUCAGUGUAUUUUUGAAAUAAAAUAAAGCUUGUCACGCAACUGAA